AUGCCACCCAAAAAAAACAAGCAGCAACAGCCUGCUAAGAAGAAAGAUAAUGUGGACAAAACUUUUGGUAUGAAGAACAAGAAUAGAUCCACCAAGGUGCAGAAAUACAUUCAGCAGGUGCAAACACAGUCGGAUCCUAAAAAGGAGGAGAUGAAGCGCAAAAAAGCGGAGGAAAAAGCUCGCAAGGAACGUGAAGAGGCCGAGAGAAGAGCAUUGUUCAACCCAGCGAUGGACCAAACUCUGAGAGCUGGUGUGGACCCUAAAACAGUGCUGUGCGCCAUGUUCAAGAUCGGAAACUGUAACAAAGGUGCCAGAUGUAAGUUCUCGCACGACUUGAACGUGGGACGGCGUGUGGAGAAAAAAGACUUGUAUCAGGACGUCAGACAGGAAAAAGAGGAAGAUACGAUGGAUUCGUGGGACGAAGAAAAACUGAGAUCUGUGAUUCUUUCGAAGCACGGGAACCCCAAGACUACCACCGAAAAGGUGUGCAAGUUUUUCAUCGAAGCCGUGGAGAACGGGAAGUACGGUUGGUUCUGGGUGUGUCCUAACGGCGGUGACAAGUGUAUGUACAGACACUCGCUGCCUGAAGGGUUUGUGCUCAAAACCAAGGAACAGAAACGUCUGGAAAAGGAAGCACUCGAUAGUCAACCGAAGAUCACGCUGGAGGAAUUCAUCGAGACCGAAAGAGGCCGUCUGGAUAAGUCCAAGUUGACUCCUAUCACAGUUGCCAACUUUGCACAAUGGAAACAGAACCAUGUUGCCCAGAAGAUGAACGCCGAGCGUCUCGAAGACAGCAAGCGCAAACCUUCCGGACGGGAAGUCAUGUUGAAGAAGUUUUUGGAGGAUAAGAAAUUCGCAGAAGCAGACGACUUGGAUGCCACAAAGGGCUCAGCCUGGGAUUUGUCCGAGUUUACUCAGGCUUUGAAAGAGGCGGAGAACAAGUCUGACGACGGUAUUAAGGACUACGGAGAUGGUAGCAAUCCCACAUUUGACAUCCCAGUGAAAGCUCCUGCCACUGCAUCUGCAUGA